GACCACCUGAGCAGUGACAGUGAGCACCCUCUUGAUUUCGCGGUAAAAUGUGUUUUGUGUUCUGUUUGAAUAUUUCAGAUUUCUUUCCUUUAAUUCCUUUUCUGUAUUUCGUAUCUCUUUUAAAGAAUCAUAAUCGUAAUAAAGUAAUUUAAUUAAUGGAUAAUAUUGACUUAUUGCUGGAAUCUCUUGACUCUCAUGUUACGAAAAAUGACGCCGAAGAGGAAGAUAUUUUUACCAAUGCUUUCGAAGACAGAAACACAAGUUUGAACCUCUCAUUUGAAAAUGAUAGUGAUUCUUUACCAAAAGGUACAGAAAUUGAAACAGCAAAGAAAUCUGUGGCUAAGAAGUAUUCCGAAUAUGGAUAUGAAAUUCAUAGACAGUUGAAGGAGAAAUUGAAAGCUUCUCAGAGCCAGGAUCGAUUCGAAACACAUGCCACUUCUUGGAAAUCUCAAUCAAGUGAGAAUAAAAAAAACAACACUCUUUCGGUGACACAAACUGUGAUAAAAAACGAUGUUUACGCGGAGCCAAUAUUUGGCCUCAGGCUAAUAAACCCCGUAGUAUCUUCUCAAUUCAUACAAUCCAAAAUGAUCGGUAGAACUCCGGUAACUUUGGCAAGAUUACAGAAUCACUUGAGCUGUGGUAAUAAAAACACGGACUGGGUGUUUGCUGGUGCUAUUGUUUUUAAAUCUGGAUUGAGAACUUCUCAGAAAGGAAGUCAAUAUUGUUUGUGGAAAAUCAGCGAUUUAAAAAACGAUUUAAAACAGGUGACAGUUUAUUUGUUUGGAAAAGCUGGUUCUGAGUUAUGGAAACAUGCUUUGGGAACAGUGGUUGCUAUACUGAAUGCUUCUUCUAUGAACAAGGACGAAGUUGCUUCGAAAGAUGAAAUUACUUUGAGUGUUAGAAAUGCCGAUCAAGUGAUGAUUUGGGGAAUGUCGAGAGACUAUGGAAUUUGCAAAGCAAAGAAGAAAAAUGGAGAAAACUGUACGUCUUUUGUGAAUAAAAGCGCAUGUGAAUUUUGCGUAUACCAUGUCAAGAGUGAAUAUAAUAAGUAUACAGGGAAGCGUUUUGACUUGCAAGCAUCAUAUUCCAAUGGUUUAACGGAAUUACGAAACAAAGUGUUAGGGAAAAAUGAGGUAUUUUAUGGUGGAAAGAGUUUUAGUGCCGUGAAACCUCCUUCAAAAAAUAACAAGCACCGACAAAAAGAUAUCAAUAUUCUUAAUAAUUUAUGUGUUAAAUCACCAACUGUUGAGCAGUUCAAAAAUCAAUCAAAAAGUUCCACUUCAGAUCAACAAACAUUAGAAAAACUGAAGGAAAAUGUUUCUAAUCCCGACACCCAGCAUAAGAAUAACUAUUACACCUGUGAUAAACCUUUAGUAUCUGCCAGAAUGAACGUACUUAAAGAAGCUGGUAAAAAAUUGCUUCAAACUGGUGAAGUUACCCGGAUAACGGCAGUUAAUAUAGAUAAAAGAAAAACAUUUGUAAGUUUUGCAACGGUGUUUAAUCCUGAAAGUACGAGUUCUAAUGAAGUCAUCAAAAGUUCUAUUCAAUGUGAAAGCAAUGCUUCCAAACCGAAAGAAAAUUCAAUUUCAACUGCUAGUGGAACUGAAAAGACGUCUACUCCAUUUAUUUUAAAGCCCUGUAAAGAAAUCGUUUUAGAUUUUGACGAACCGUUGUCCAAGAAAUCUACCGUCACUCAGAAAUCUGAAGAAACUUACAAAUCUGAACGUGCUAAAACUUUAGCUUCAUGUGUCCGCAGCUCUCGGAAUACUUCAACUUUACAAUCAAGUUUACAUUCUCCAAAAAUCUCAAACUCUUCUCAGAAAUCAAUAUCGCAAUCUCCGACGAAUCGGCAGAACAAAAAUACGUUAAAUUCGGAGCAGGAAUAUUUUUUGAGAACGAAAAUGCAAUCUCUUGAACGUUGUAGUGCUCCACAACCUUCCAACUCUAUACAUAAAAGAAGGCUUGAUCAGGCUAAGAUGAAUGCCAUUCGUCUCAUAAAACAAGAAGGUGGAAUAUCUAAAACUAAUCCCAAUCAAGUAAGACCAGUUAAUGAUGGGAAAAGAACUGCAGCAGUUAAACGAGCUUUGGAAGAAAAUGAUGAACGGGAGGAUGAAGAAAUUUCAGAGUUGGAUUCAGUCAAGAAAUCUGUUUUAUCUAAACGAUUCGUUGAUCUCAUGAAUGCUCAGUCCACUCAUGAAAAUUUAGCUCAAUUAGCUGCAGAUAUGGAAGAGCAAAACUACUUUAAUAAAAUGGAGAAAAAAGAACAACUCGAAGAAAAAAUGCUGUCUACUUAUAAAGUUGCUUGCAAAGCAGUGUCCUGUCUCAAGUGCAAGUACAAAUGGUUCUCCGCCUCAGAUUUGUGUAAAGCCGAAGGACAUCCAAUCAAAGUGAUAGAUGCGAUGAAGCGUUUUUUCAAAUGUCAGAAUUGUUCAAAUCGGACGAUUAGUUUAGACAUAGUCCCAUUGAUUAGCUGCAAAAAUUGUGGCAGUUCCAAAUGGUCAAGAGCACCAAUGAUAAAAGAAAAAAUUUGCCGAAAUAGUUCCACAUUAAGCAUACGAGGAGAUGAAGUUAAAUUUUUGGACUCAUUCGGACAAAAACAGAAUCUGAAUUUAUUAGUUCCCGAAUAAUAAUUUAAGAAUCGAUUAUGAAAUCAUCGUUUAUUUUUUAAAAACAUUUUAUCGACAAAAUAUACAUUUUAAUACAAAGCGAAAAUACUAAAUACAUACAAUAAUAGUUAUUAUCAAACCG